GGAGGUGCAGAAAGCCGUGAACACUGCCCAGGGGCUCUUCCAGAGGUGGACAGAGCUCUUGCAAGAUCCUUCCAUUGCCACAAGAGAAGAAAUCGACUGGACCACUAAUGAACUCAGGAACAACCUGCGGAGCAUCGAGUGGGACCUGGAAGACUUGGAUGAAACAAUUAGCAUUGUUGAGGCAAACCCAAGGAAAUUCAACCUCGAUGCGACAGAGCUGGGUAUCAGGAAAGCCUUCAUCACCAGCACGCGGCAGGUGGUCAGGGAAAUGAAGGAUCAGAUGUCAAACUCCUCCGUGCAAGCGCUGGCUGAGAGAAAGAACAGGCAGGCACUCCUGGGAGAAAGCGGGAGUCAGAGUUGGAGCUCUGGGCCUGACAAAUACAGCCGCCUGGACCGGGAGCUGCAAUUAGCAAAUUCACACUUCAUUGAGGAGCAGCAAGCUCAGCAACAGUUGAUUGUGGAGCAGCAGGAUGAGCAGUUGGAGCUGGUCUCUGGCAGCAUCGGGGUGCUGAAGAACAUGUCCCAGCGCAUCGGCGGGGAGCUGGAGGAGCAGGCGGUGAUGCUGGAUGACUUCUCCCACGAGUUGGACAGCACUCAGUCGCGGCUGGAUAACGUCAUGAAGAAGCUCGCCAAAGUGUCUCACAUGACGAGCGAUCGACGGCAGUGGUGUGCAAUUAUCAUCCUCUUCGUCAUCUUACUGGUGGUGCUCAUCCUGUUUUUUGUCCUGUGAUGGACUGAACUUCCUUGGACGCCCCCUCCCUGCCCCCUCAGCACGGGGAAAUGAAACUCUCACCGUUUCCGUCCGCCCACAGAGAUCCCCGGCAAGAAAACCCGCACCCAGCUCUCAC